AUGACUGAAUCUCUAUUACAAUAUGGUAAUCGUAUUCAUAUUUAUACAAAUGUAUGCAAAACAUUAACAAGUCAAUUGAAUGGAUCAUCCUAUUAUCAAUUCUGUCAAUAUCGUGUUCAUGAUUAUAACAAACAAUAUGAAAUUGUUAACAUUGAUAUUCCUGUCAGAAUUAAUACUUCCAAUGAUAGCACUACUACUGAUUUUCAUGUGGAUAGUAGUAGUAGUGAUACUAGUAGUAAUUCACGGACGCCAAAUACGAAUGAUUAUACUCGACAUGAUAUGAAUUCUAUUCAAAUUCAUGUACAAAAUCUUUCUGGAUGGUAUUUAUUAAUUUAUCGUCUUUUAUCCAAUAUACCAGCUAUGUUGACAUGUUUAUGUUAUGGUUUAUUAAUGAAUAGAAUUAGUCAAAAUUAUAUUAUGUUAAUUCCAUGCUUAGGAUCAAUUGUAUCCUGUGGAUUAUUUCUGUCUAGUUUAUUGCCCAAUUUAAAAUCAAUACCAGAUUCAUUGAUAUUCACGCUGGUCGGUGCUCUCCUAUAUGGAUUAUGUGGAAAGAGUAAUGCUUUUAGUUUAUGCGCAAAUAGUUAUAUUUCUGAGAAUAGUACCACAGAGAAACGUACACGUAUGCUUGGACGUUUAUUAGGUGUGAAUUUUUUUGGAUUAGCCCUUGGUGCAUCGAUACUCGGUGCAUUUUAUCGAUUUUUCAGUUAUUUCGAAAUAAUUCUAUGUGUUAUUUGUGGUAAUUUUCUAAGCAUACUUAUUUUGGUAUUUUUAGUGAAAAAUGUUAAAAAGUCAUCAACAACACAUACAGUAGAAGUGAUAGUAGUUGAUCAAGGCAAUACAUCACAAACGGAACAAAGAGAUCGCAUUAAUACUACUAAUAAUAAUAAUACUAGUAAUGAUUACAUUCAUUUUACAAAUUUCUGUACAUACAAAGAACAUAGAACCUAUUGUCAAAAUAUAAUUUAUCAUUUGACAAAACCUCUAUUGAUUUUAAAAUCUUCUUAUAAAUUUCUCUUUGAAAAACAUAAUGAUCAUAAACAUUAUUAUCUAUUGACUUUGUCAAGUACAAUUUUAUUAAAACAAAUUACAAAAUCCGGUGAACAAGAUGUACUGCUAUUGUAUUUAAUGAAUCAGCCAACAUUAUUGUGGAGUGCAGAAUUAUACGCUUAUUAUAUCACUUGUUAUUAUAGUUUAAUGUUUAUACAAUUAAUAAUUUUAUUACCAUUAAUAGAGAAAUUUUUUAAAAUACACGAUACAACUUUAAUUAUUAUUGGACUUUUAACAGAAAUGGUACGUUUAUGUAUGAUUGGUCUAUUGAAAAAUACAUGGUUGAUAUUUGUAAGUACAAUUAUUGGUUCACCAGCUAGUUUUAUUACAACUUGUACACGUUCAUUAAUUAGUAAACUUGUUCACAACAAUCAUGAAAUGAAUACAAGUUUUGCUUUUAUUUCAAUAUUAGAAAUUUUAGCUAAUUUUAUUGGUGGAUUAUUAUUUACAUUUAUUUAUAAUAAAUCUUUAUUAUUUUAUUCAUCUUUUAUAUUUUUAUUUGAUGCUGUUUUAAAUAUACCAGUAAUUGCAAUUUUUAUAUGGUUAAAAUAUAAAUUGACCACAAAUUUAUGA